AUGAGAAGACAAAGAAAUGAAGUAGUUGUGGAGUUGAGAAAGAACAAAAGAGAUGAGCAUCUUCUGAAGAGGAGAAAUGUUCCCCAUGAAGAUAUCUGUGAAGAUUCUGAUGUAGAUGGUGACUUUAGAGUGCAAAACACUUCCUUGGAGGCAAUAGUACAGAAUGCUUCAAGUGACAACCAGGGUAUACAGUUAAGUGCUGUGCAGGCUGCAAGAAAGCUGCUCUCCAGUGAUCGCAAUCCACCCAUCGACGAUCUAAUAAAAUCAGGAAUAUUACCUAUUUUAGUGCACUGUCUUGAAAGAGAUGACAAUCCUUCUUUACAAUUUGAAGCUGCGUGGGCUUUGACAAACAUUGCCUCUGGAACCUCUGAACAAACACAGGCCGUAGUUCAAUCUAAUGCUGUUCCACUUUUUCUGAGACUGCUGCAUUCACCUCAUCAAAAUGUUUGUGAGCAAGCAGUGUGGGCUUUAGGAAAUAUCAUAGGUGAUGGACCCCAGUGUAGAGAUUACGUUAUUAGUCUUGGAGUAGUGAAACCUCUGCUGUCCUUCAUCAGCCCAUCUAUUCCCAUAACUUUCUUAAGAAAUGUUACCUGGGUCAUGGUCAACUUGUGCCGUCACAAAGAUCCUCCUCCGCCGAUGGAAACCAUUCAGGAGAUCCUUCCAGCGCUCUGUGUUUUAAUUCACCACACAGAUGUAAAUAUAUUGGUAGAUACAGUCUGGGCACUCUCAUAUCUAACGGAUGCUGGCAAUGAGCAGAUUCAGAUGGUGAUAGACUCUGGAAUAGUCCCUCAUUUGGUUCCUCUUCUCAGUCAUCAAGAAGUUAAAGUGCAAACUGCUGCACUGAGAGCUGUAGGGAACAUUGUCACUGGCACUGAUGAGCAGACACAGGUAGUCCUGAAUUGUGAGGCUCUUUCACAUUUUCCAGCACUUCUGACACAUCCCAAAGAAAAAAUUAAUAAGGAAGCAGUGUGGUUCCUAUCUAACAUCACUGCAGGAAAUCAGCAGCAAGUUCAGGCAGUAAUAGAUGCAAACCUUGUUCCAAUGAUAAUACAUCUUCUAGAUAAGGGUGACUUUGGUACUCAGAAAGAAGCUGCUUGGGCAAUAAGCAACUUAACGAUCAGUGGAAGAAAAGACCAAGUGGCAUACUUAAUUCAACAAAAUGUAAUUCCUCCCUUUUGCAAUUUGCUGACAGUAAAAGAUGCACAAGUUGUGCAAGUGGUUCUGGAUGGACUAAGUAAUAUAUUAAAAAUGGCUGAAGAUGAAGCAGAAACCAUAGCCAAUCUUAUAGAAGAGUGUGGAGGCCUGGAGAAAAUUGAACAACUACAAAACCAUGAAAAUGAAGACAUCUACAAACUGGCCUAUGAGAUCAUUGAUCAGUUCUUCUCUUCAGAUGAUAUUGAUGAAGAUCCUAGCCUUGUUCCAGAAGCAAUACAAGGCGGAACGUUUGGUUUCAAUUCAUCUGCCAAUGUACCAGCAGAAGGGUUCCAGUUUUAGAGUGGUAUUUGGGAAGUUAGGUACAAUGCAGCACU